AUGGAGUAUCGAAACGACGGGCUCGGGGGUGUAGAGGUGGAGGAGCAGCUGCUGCAAUUUCAGCAGGCAGUAGAGGACCUGAGAGAGGCCGUACGUCAGCUGGCGGCGGGUCCCUUGAUAAACAGUCAGGAUCGCCAAAAGCACAUAUACCAAAUAAACAGACUUAAGCAAGAGGCGACUGUUUGCAUGCGUUCCUUGGCGUUGGAGUUGCGAUGCUCAUCGUCCUUGUUGAGUCCUGAGGCGAUCUCGCGACUGGUGCGGCGGCAGCAGCUGCUCCAGCAACAAUUCAAAGAAGUAUCCGCAGAAUGCGAAGAGCAGCUGCUUUGUGUCAGCAAAGACGAACUGUUGCAGCGUUAUACAAAGACGCAUGAACAACCACAGGAAGAAGCGACGGAAGCGUGCUCGCAACAGCAACGGCAACAACUGAUUACGUUGGGCGACGAAAUCCAGGAUCAAACAGAGCUGAGUUUGGCGCGGACGCAGCAGCAGGCGGCGGAGACCGAGGAAAUCGGGGGGGCGAUUCUGCAGCGGUUGCAACAGCAGAAUGACCAGCUCGACGGCGUGAAGGAAGGCCUGGACAAUGUUGAGAUGAAUAUCGGUCGCACGAAGAAGACAGCCCACGCCAUUGCUAAGAACGCCGCUCACGACCGCUGUGAGAGCCCCAUCCCCGAUUUGCACGAGAAGGCACAUGGAGCCCAGGGAGGCGGCGCUGCGCUGGAGCUCAUCUGCGCUGCGAGCGUUGGUUGCGGCUUGAUCAAGUCUGAUUUGUAA